CUGAGUGGGGAAAGAUAGACACAGCAACAAAACAGUGAUAGACACUGGGCUUACCAGCUAACAUUUGACAUUUAAUUUUGAGAAUUAUAAACAACAAAAUGUGCAAGGGACUUGCUGCAUUGCCUGCAACAUGCUUGAGAAGUGCAAAAGAUAUGAAGCACCGUCUUGGCUUCUUUUUACAAAAGCCAGAAUCGGUAUGUGAUCCAAACGGCAACAACAAGAAGGAAAAAGCAGCUGGUGCAAAAAAGGUCAGUGCUGUAGAAGUCCAGAAAUGGGGUGAAUCCUUAGAAAUCCUGAUAAAUAAUGAGGAUGGCCUGACAGCUUUUAUCACUUUUCUGAAGACUGAAUUCAGUGAGGAGAAUAUAGAGUUCUGGAUGGCCUGUGAGGACUAUAAGAAAAUUAAUUUGCCAGCCAAACUGGCCCUCACGGCAAAGAAUAUUUACAAACAAUAUGUUGCAGUUCAGUCUCCAAAAGAAGUCAACCUUGAUUCUUCAACGAGAGAGGAGACCAGAAGAAACCUUUUAGAACCCACAACUGUGUGCUUUGAUGAGGCUCAAAGGAAGAUUUUUCUGUUGAUGGAAAAGGACUCGUACCGAAGGUUCUUGAAAUCUAAGAUCUAUCAGGACAUGUUACAGCAGACUACCAGCAGCAGCAGCAGUUUUGGGAUCCAGAAGAGAGGAAAGAAUAAGGCCACUGAAUUCAACCAGCAAUUUCCCCAGUGUGGAUAAAUCCUUUCCCUAAAAGAGCUUCAAUGUACAUUACGUUGCUACACAGCCAAACACAGUCAUCCGAAAAUGAGUUAUCUGAGCUGUCAAGUUAAUCAAGCAAAGACCAAUAAUGUUAACCUAACUGGGGGAAAAAAUAAUAAGAUCACCCCCAUUCCCUCUCACAGGAAAUAUGCAGGUCUUGUCCUUUUUGCUUGGAUUUUCCAAAUUCAGCUCAGAGAAUCCUUUGUAAAGCUUUGCUAUUGCAUUUUUCCCUUGGGGUACGACUGAAUUUAAAACAAUUCACUGAUGCUGUUAAUAACUUCAGGAAACCCCGAAGUUAUUAACAAGCAUAGAUCCAAGCCCGUUUAACCCAGCCAGUUCACAAAUGUAAAACUUUGUGCAUAUAGCAGCCAGUGCACUGAUAAAACUCAUUUGUCAAAGCUUACAUUCUUUAUUUUAUGUAUUAUUUUAUAUAAUGUCUUGUAUUGCUGUCAAGAAACCUAUUACCUGCUGUGAUGUACUGUGUAAGUUAUCUAUGUAUAAAUCUGAAAACAAAACUUGUACUUUAAUGAAACCUGUUUCUGUCAUGCAUUAUAUGUUAUACGGAACUUGUGUAUCAAAUUACCUGUUCUUUGUACUGAAGCUCAUAUUUGUCUGAGCAUGUACAAAAUAUUGAAUGCUCUAAUUAGUAUUUAUCCUGUUUGCUGUACAGCGGGCAAAAUGUGCUAUAAGAAUUUUUUUUUAUAUAUAUAUGUUAUUUAUCACUAAGUUAUGGUUUCAUCUUGCAUCAUAUUGGAUUCUGUUUUUUUUGCAUAUGUAUUUUUAUAUUUUGAUAAAGUUUAUGUUGAAGUAAAUUUGCAUUAUUAUUUUUUUUUUUUAAAUGGCAGUUCUGCCUUUUUAAAAGCACUUUUAAGAAUAAACAUGUGCCAUUACAAAUCAUGGACCUUUAAAAAAACAAAAAACAAAAAACAGGGUAUGGUUUUAACAUACACAAGUUAAAGCUACAUUACGGGAGGUUGAACAUUUUACAAAAUCUAAAUCAGAGAAUUUCAGAAAUGGGUUGACUUCAACCUGGCUCAGAUGUACAUUCAAUUAAAUUAGCUGAGCCCUUGAGAAGUGAUGGAGUUUACAGCAGAAAACUGCCAUUAUAUGAUUUUGUGCAACAUGGGAAGCACAACUGCAGCCAUUACCUGAACUACCAUUACCUCCUCACAAGGUCUGUUUGUUAUCCUGAUAGAGAUUUCAUGCUACUUUACUCUACUGCGUUUCACAAGCCCAAUGUGAUGAAUUGUAAGUGCUAUUGUGCUUAAAUGUUAAAUGUUACAAAUUGCUAGAGCUUGACUGCCAUUCUGACUGUACGUAGGGCUCAAUUGAAUUGCAAUCUGGUACGAAAUAAAAUUAUGUUUUUCUAAUACA